UAGGCAGGUAUUUUUGUAUUUUAAUAUGGUGAGAAAAAAAACAAACAAAACUCUUAGGUUCCCCUUGACGGAUUUAAAAUUUUGGCAAAUCUGUGUGCUACCUCUUGGGUUUGGAAAUAUUCUUAUCCUAAUGGCUGGGGCCUUGUGGAUUUGUAAGGGAGUGUUCCUGCAGCUGGCUGGAUGUAAGUCCUGACUUUCUUUAGUCGGAAGAAUGGUGUUUAUUCCCAUGGAUUACCCUCCCUAUGGGAAUAGUGCUGCUGUCUGUGUGGAUAUAUCCUUGGAGUUACAUAGGAUCACUGGGCUGUGGUGUUCAGUGAAAUCUUUCAGCUGGUGGAAUUGAUCUUGGACAUGGAUUGUCAAUCGCUGGGACGUAUCUUCUAACCUCCCUGGAUUGUGUAUUAAUCUGAAUGGGAAUAGUUUGAGAAGAAUGAAGACUACACACAUGGGAUUUACACAGUGAAAGCUGGGAAUUAUUUUAUUUCAUGGCAAUAUAAAACGAUAUUUUGUGGAAUGUAUUAUGGAUAUCAAACUCUACCUGAACUUUGGACAAUGGUCAAAGUGAGGAUGGUAUUAUAAAAUGCAUUCUGAAAAUGUCUGAGAAGAGAGGGAUGAAAAAAAUGACGUACAAGUGGGUGAGAUCUGAGGAUAUACCAAGUUUGGAUGUCUCUACCGGUACCUUGUGAAUUACAAGCUUACAUGGACUUUAAUGGAUAUGGUUUCCCAGAAAACAGCAGCUGCCAUGGGACGUGUUUUUUGCUAUUUUGUCUCAAAACCCACAGUGGAUAAUUUUAAUCCAAGUCAGAGGGUUCGAGAGAGUAAUGCUUUCCUUCCUGGUGGACACCAUUCCUCUGCGGAUUGCUCCCUUUUUUUAAAAUUUUUUCGUUUGGUAACCUAUUUUUUUUUCUUCAUCAAAAGUGUCAUUUGAAACCCUUGCCCUUUUGCCUCAUUGAGAAGGUGGAUGUACCCUAAAAAGGGACCAAAUUGGGGAAGUUAUGUUCUCAAAUCACUCCCUAGAUUUAAUUGGGAUUGUAGGUCGUGUUUCCUCACUCGGAAAAGGGCUUCUGAUACACGGGAGCGUUCUUAUGAACAUAGUGCCUAUGGACACCAUGAACGUGGGACUGGAGGGUUUGAACGGACACGACAUUAUGAUCAGGAUUACUAUAGAGACGCAGCACGUGAUCGGACCUUACAACAUGGAAUAUACUAUAAUUCUCGCCGGAGUCCAAGCCGUUUUGAUGCUCAUGAUCCACGUUAUGAGUCUAGGACCCGGGAGCAGUUUACAUUGCCCAGUGUAGUGCACAGGGAUAUUUACAGAAAUGACGUUUCAAGGGAGGUACGUGGCAGACGGCCUGAACGGAACUACCAGCACAGUAGGAGUCGCUCACCUCAUUCAUCCCAGUCAAGGAACCAGUCCCCUCAGAGGCUGGCUAGCCAAGCUUCUAGGCCUGCCAGAUCCCCCAGCGGCAGUGGCUCACGGAGUAGAUCGUCUAGUAGUGAUUCUCUCAGCAGCAGCAGUAGUACCAGUAGUGACAGCAGUGAUUCCAGCAGCACCUCUAGUGACGAGUCUCCAGCAAGGUCCGUGCAGUCUGCAGCAGUCCCCGCGCCUCCUUCCCAGCCACUCUUAUCUUUGGAUAAGGAUGAACCUCGCAAAAGUUUUGGGAUCAAAGUUCAGAAUCUCCCUGUACGAUCAACAGAUACAAGCCUUAAAGAUGGACUGUUUCAUGAGUUCAAGAAGUACGGAAAAGUCACAUCAGUACAGAUACACGGAGUAUCUGAGGAGAGAUACGGUCUGGUCUUUUUCAGGCAGCAGGAAGAUCAGGAGAAAGCACUUAAUGCCUCAAAAGGCAAACUCUUCUUUGGAAUGCAAAUAGAAGUGACCGCUUGGGUAGGACCAGAAACAGAAAGUGAAAAUGAAUUCCGGCCUCUAGAUGAGAGAAUAGAUGAAUUUCACCCGAAGGCUACUAGGACCCUCUUCAUCGGAAACUUGGAGAAAACCACCACCCACCUGGAUCUUCACAAUGUUUUUCAGAGAUUUGGGGAGAUUGUGGAUAUUGACGUUAAGAAGGUGAAUGGCGUUCCUCAAUAUGCGUUUCUGCAGUACUGCGAUAUUACAAGUGUCUGUAAAGCCAUUAAGAAGAUGGAUGGAGAGUAUCUUGGAAACAACCGGUUGAAGCUUGGCUUUGGAAAAAGUAUGCCUACCAACUGCGUGUGGAUAGAUGGCUUGUCCUCUAGUGUCACAGAGCAGUAUCUAACGCGCCAUUUUAGCCGUUAUGGGCCUGUGCUUAAGGUGGUGUAUGAUCGCUUUAAAGGCAUGGCCCUGAUUCUCUACAAUGAGAUUGAAUUUGCCCAAGCAGCUGUAAAAGAGACCAAGGGGAGGAAGAUUGGUGGGAAUAUCGUUAAGGUGGACUUUGCAAACCAAGAAAGCCAGUUGGCUUUCUACGGUUCCAUGGAGUCUUCAGGACAGGACAUUAGGGAUAUUUACGAAAUAAUAUCAGAAAGGAGGACUGAUGAACCCAGAAGGGGAUCAUACCAUGAAUUUACUUCAACAGAACGGACUUAUUAUGAUAGUGUUCGAACUGUGGGGACAUACCCGGAAGAAACAACAACAACGGCAAGAAGAGAGUACCCUGCUCGUAGCAGAGAGUUCUACCCAGACUGGGAUUCAUACCAAGGCGAUUAUUAUGAGCAGCGAUACUAUGAUGAAUCAAGAGAAUAUAGAGACUAUAGGGAUCCAUAUGAGCAGGACAUCCGUGAAUAUAGUUACAGACGGGAAAGAGAACGGGAACGAGAACGCUUUGAGACAGAUCGAGAGCGGGAUAGUGAACGAAGACAGACAGAACGUAGCCAAAGUCCUACCCAUUCAAGAAGACCUCAAAGUCCUGCCGCCUCCCCAUCACAGUCCGAAAGAAUUACCAGUGAUCCAGAGCGUAGAAUUUACAGUCGCUCAUCUGACCGCAGUGAAAGCUGUAGUUCUGUAUCCCCUUCAAGGUUUGAAAAGCUUGACAAAACUAGGACUGAACGUUACAUAAAAAGUGAAAAAAUAGAAAAGGAUCGUACUUUUGAUUCAGAUCGUUCUGAUAAAGAGAAGCGGCUACUGCGUAAGGAAAAGAGUGAGAAAAGUGAAAAAGACAAAUCAGAUAGGUCAAAGCGAAAAUCCAAAAAUCAUUCAACAAGUUCCCAGUCCUCAGAAACAGAUCAAGAUAAUGAAAAGGAGCCCAGCUUAGAGAAACAGAAAGGGAGUGCCAAGCAGCUGGCCAAGGAGAAAAAUGAAAAGGACUGUACAUCUAAAAACCGCUUGGACCUUGUGCCUUGUGUUGUCCUUACAAGAGUAAAUGAAAAGGAAGGGAAAGUCUUUGAUGCUCCUGGAGUAGAUAAGGCAUCUAAAAACAAGAUUGAUGGCGAGUCUAUAAAGUCUCCUUCAUCAGAUCAAAAAAUUCAGGUGGUCAGACUUGAGCAACCCAAGUUUGAGCAACUUAAAGCUGAAUCAGCAAGAACUAAGGUGCCAAAAGAAAAGUUACUAUCCAGCCACAUUGAAGUUGUGGACAAAGAGGGCAAACAGAAACUGAAAAAGCACUUAAAGUCAGAGCAGCUUACGGAAGGUGCCAUGGCUGCUGAUCUAGACAAGUUAGAAGCUCGUAAACGACGCUUUGCUGAUGCGAAUUUAAAAUGUGAACGGCAAAAACUUGAUGUUCGAAGGAGUAACCAAGAUGAGGAGGAUAGCCGUCUAGGCUUAAGGAAACCACCUGAGCCUGUACCUUCAAGAGACUUCAGUGCAGGCCGGGAGGGGGAUGUUGAAAGGAAAGGUUCUAGGAAAGACCUUUUAAAAAGAGAAAGUCGUAAAAACAAAUCUGAAAGACUUUUCCCUAUCAACAGCCCUAAGGAUUGCCAAGAUUUGUUGCCUGUUGGGAUCUCUGGACGUUCAAAUUCAGAUCUGCAGUUUCGUUUAGGAGAAUCUGCUGAGGAACAACUUGAAUCUUCAGAACAGGCUUCUAAAAAGAUCGCCUUCAUGAAAAACAUUCAGAGGCAUUCUCUCUUACCAGAAGACAUUGAUAAAGACUCCACUAAAGAAGACAGAAAAAUUUACGGCCAUAUUUCAAGAGAAACAGGGGGCAUGGAGAGAUCAGAAACCGAAGAAAAACUUGCAAUUGACAUUGAUCACACUCAAAGCUACAGGAAACAGAUGGAGCAAAACCGCAAGCUGAAGCAGCAGAUGGAACUGGAGAUCUUGAAGUCUGAAAAAUUUAGAAGUCCAAAUAAAGAAUUAGAGGAAUAUGAAAGACGCAGCCUUGUCCAUGAAGUUGGUAAACCACCUCAAGAUGUCACCGAUGACUCCCCUCCAACUAAAAAAAAAAAGAAUGAUCAUGUGGACUAUGAAAUUACCAAACCAGAAAGACACUAUAGAAGUUCUCGUCAGAUAAGUGAUGAAUCUGAGAGACUGGCUUGUUCUCCGGGAAUGCGUCCUUUUGGAUAUAGUGAGGAAGAUUACACAGUUGGCUCACCAAGGUUAAUACCAAUCAAAGAAUUCAAAGAGUCGCCACACGCGGACGACAAGAGCACGUUUCCUAAUGUGGCUUAUAAAGAUGAACAUUUUAAAUUACUAGCCAAUGAAUCUAUCAAGAAGGAAAACAUACCUGACCCCUCCAAAGGUAAAAUAAUUGCUAUGAGCCCUGAAGAAGAAUAUAAUAAAUGGGAUCAGAUCAAACAAGAAAGCAACAGGCUGGAUAUUAGCUUUCCUAGUAACAUUAUAAAAAGAGAGGCCAUUAGAAAGCGUCCCAGAGACCUAGAACCUGGGGAAGUUCCAUCCGACUCCGAUGAAGAUAGUGAUCAAAAACCAGUUUCACCUAAAGUAUCAUCUUUGUUAGAUGGUUCAAGAUUUUCUUUUUUAUUACGGGAUGGAGAAGAGAAGUUAAGAGACAAGGAAGAUCGAUUGUCUGGCUCAUUGGAAAGAAAUAAGUUUUAUUCAUUUGCAUUAGAUAAAACGAUCACCCCAGAUACGAAAGCCUUGUUAGAGAGGGCAAAAUCACUGUCCUCUUCUCGCGAAGAAAAUUGGUCAUUUCUAGACUGGGAUUCCAGAUUUGCCAAUUUUCGGAGUAAUAAAGACAAAGAGAAAGUUGACUCUGCUCCAAGACCUAUACCAUCGUGGUACAUGAAAAAAAAGAAAAUCAAAACAGAUUCUGAUGGAAAAUCAGAUGACAAAAAAGAUGACCAUAAAGAAGAAGAGCAAGAAAAGCAAGAACUUUUUGCUUCUAGGUUCCUUCACAGUUCAAUCUUUGAACAAGACUCAAAGAGACUCCAACAUUUGGAAAGGAAAGAUGAAGAUACAGACAUAGGUGUGUUUCGUCCUUAUGGCCGACAGCUUUCUUCUGAUGGGAUCAGUUAUACUUCAGACCUCGUUCAAGAACCAGUGGUCCUGUUUCAUAGUCGAUUUGUUGAGCUCACAAAGAUGCAGCAGAAAGAGAGAGAAAAAGAGCAAAAGCCAAAAGAGGCAGAGAAAGUAGAAGAAAAAGAGAUUCGGCCAAAAUCUCCUGAGUCUGUGCCAGAGUGCAAAGAGCGGGAGAUUAAAUCGCCAGUAUCAGUUGUGCCAACACCAGCAAUACUUCCUCAACAAGAGCAUGCUGCACCAAUCCAAGAAAAAGUCUCCCCUGACAAAACACCUCCACAUUCUCUGGAGAUAGUAGAAGAGAAGCCAGUAGAACCUUCUGAACCAGCUGUUGAGGAACCUAAACUUCCCUGCAUAGUCACCCCUGUCCCUACACCGGCCCAUCCAUCUCUUCCAGUAGAAGCUGCUGAAGGCGUUGGAGAAGCGGAGGCACAGCCUGCUACCCCACAUGUGCUUGAAGAUAUUUCAAAUACAGAACAGCCUAUCUUCUUGGAUGCAAAACCACCAACACCAGGUGGCUCAUUUUCUGAGAUCAAUGCUGAACCAGUCACUGAACUUAAAAAUGAUUUACCUGCGAUUUCUCCUUCCAAGGAGGAUAAAAAGAUAGAAGAGCCUGUUGAGAACUUGGAAGAAGAAACUCCUGUUUUUACAAGUAGUGACACAGAAGUGUGCCAGAAAUCUGAGACUGUACCAGAUGAAGUUGAACCUCUUAUUGCUGAAAAUGACAUGGAAGUAGAACCUCUUAAUGCAGUGAAAAACAAAAAGGGACCUAAAGGCAAAAGGUCAAAUGCUUCAGAUAAACCAGCCACUAGAAAAAGUGUGAGGAUUGACCGGGAGAAACGUAACCGAUCAUCAUCCCCACGUGGAGAACCCCAGAAACCUCUUGAAACUAAAAGUGAACACGAAAGAGGCUCGAGGAGUUCUGCAAAAUCUCCAAGUGCUGUUCCAGAGCCUGACGUCUCAGAACCAGCUUUGCCUCGAACAAGAAGAAAUGUUAGAUCAGUUUAUGCCACCACAGGCGAUACUGAUGGAGUUUCUUCAGUUAAAGAAUCUUCAGAGACACCUCGAUCUACAAGAAAGAGACCUGAAAAAGAUGUUGCAGAACCUCCAGUUACUGCUCCUCCUACUCCAAGAAGAGGACGGCCACCAAAGGUUCGCAAGAAAGCCAUGGGUGAUGUAUCUCCUAUCAAAGCAGAGAUAUUAAAACAAGAGAAUGAGGAUGCAGAAAUGAAAGAACCAGCUGAAAAUGCAAAGCCAGUAGAGGGAUGGCGGUCUCCACGAUCUCAAAAGUUAUCUCAGAGCCAUUCUCCUCUAUCUAGUAGCCAACAGGGUAAAAAAGGUAAAAGUGACCCAGUACCACAGGCCCAGGAGAGUUUAGGAGAAACUAAUGAAGACAGUAAUGAAACAGCAGAGCCACAGGCUGAAGAGGCCGGCAAGGCAAGAUUAGACAAAGAAGAAAUUAGUAGUGAGAAUCCAGAUGUAAGAGAUGUGGAGCCAGAGAAAUGUCCUGCAGAGAAACCAAAUACAGAGCUGCCUGACAAGAAAACAUCACCUGUGGAGAAAGCUACAAAACCUAAAGUUGGAAGGCCCAAAAAUCUCAAAAAUAUCCCUCAUUUGAAAAAGGUAGAAAUUCGUCUUAAUGCUGUUGAUGUGAAGGAUGCUAUGAGGCCACAUGAGGAUGCAGAGUCCGUGGUUGUUACGCCUGUUAAAAUCAAAAGUCCUCAGAAAGAAGAUAAUGUUUCUCAACCUUUUACAAAUCCACCUGAAACGGUGUUCCCUGAGUCUCCAGACAAAGAAACCAAUAUUUGUUCUGAAGCUGUCCAGCUGGCACGACAGAUAGAACUAGAGCAAGCUGUUGAAAACAUUGAGAAGAUCACUGAAACCUCUGCCAUUCCACCUUAUAAAGACCCCCAAAGUGGAGAAGCAUCUGAGAAUUGUCCAGAAGAGGAUGGGGAUAAACCUGCACACCAGGCCAGUGAAACAGAAUUAGCAGCCGCAAUUGGUUCCAUUAUAUGUGACAUUUCUACUGACACAGAAAGUUUUUCUUCUGCUCCUCCAUAUCCAGCAGACAGGGAAGCUGAAGUUCCCUCUGAACCGACAACGGCUCCUGCUGCUUCCCAGCCAGAUGAGCUGCAGCCUGAAACAGAACAAGCUGUAAAUCUAAUUUUACACCCUGAUACUACCCCCAGCUCGGACACAGCAACUCCUGCACCUGUUGUACCUGAGCAGACAGAUUCAAUAGAAAGCAAAGAGCCAGACAAUAAUUUCAACGAGUCUGCAAGUUCUGCCAAAGAAAGUGAAUCUGUGCGAGACUUUCCUCCAAAACAAAAGGGUCGUAGUAAGGGACAUAAGAAAAGGCGAAGAGCCGUCAAGGGCCGUGACACCAUGGAGAGCAGUGUGUUUGUACGCGAGAAUAUUCAAGGUAAAUCUCCUGCUAAGGAUAAAAAGGUCUCUUCAGAUGAAGGUCAAAAGGAACAGCCUAGUGAGGAGUCUGUAGCCUCAAACACUGAUAAUCCAGUUAUGGACACAAGCCUCAAUUCGUCUUCUGAUACGAUUUCCAAGGAGGUUGAUGAAUAUAAGGAUGAAGAAAUGUCAGGAGCCACAAAUCCGAGUGAUUCACCACAACCCCUUUACAUUGAUGAUGUUAGUCAGAGUAGUUUUAAAUUGCGUUCAAGUACUGAAAGUGCCCCAGUUACUCCACCAAGUGUAACAACUCCUUCGGUAUUGUCUACUACCCCAGGGAAAACUGGAGUUCCACUCUCUGCAUCCCCUCUUGCUCAUUCAGCUCCAGCAAUUAUGUCUGACUGGAUUGUUAGGCAUGAAGAGAAUUCUUCCAUUUCUACACCACCUCCUGCAAUGCCCCCAGAUACAAAGGCCUCUGAUGUGGAUACAAGUUCAAGCACCUUAAGGAAGAUAUUAAUGGAACCAAAGUAUGUGUCCUCAGCCAGCAACACCCCUAGUAUCGUUACAGCAGCCAUCUCCGAGCCUGUCCCCGCGUCACAUGUAGAAGAGCCUACUCAUCCUCAAGUUGAAGCAAUUAAGCCAGUGUCUGAAGAAAAAUCAGCUGUUCCACUUACAAACACAGUUGUCCCACCAGCAGCCGAAGCCCCAGCUUUUCAAGAGAAGGGGCCUAUAGUGGCCCAUAAGGCUACCUCUGUUAUCAGUAGAAUGCCUCCUAGCUUUGACCCUGAUGAUUUGCCUAGGAUAACAUUGGCAAAGCAUGCUCAACAUCAGCCCACUUCACCUUGCAUCCCUUCUCAGAAGAUCAAAGUGAGACAAAACGCUAAUGACAGUCGUGCUUGCGUUAAGCCAACAAUGACCGUAAUAGAGGAACGACCUACAGAAACUGGGCCAAGCCCUGGACUCAGAGUGAACACAUCACAGGGAGUAAUGCUAUUAAGUUACUCUGGCCAGAAAACAGAGGGUCCUCAGCGAAUCACUGCAAAAAUCAGCCAGAUCCCUCAAGCAAGUGCAGUUGAUAUAGAGAUUCAACAGUCUGUGUCAAAGUCCCAAAUCAAACAGGAACCACUUGCUCCAUCUCAGAUGUUGCCAAAAGGACCUCAGACGCCAUCUGGUUACCAACAAUACAAUGCAUCACCAGUCAUCUCAAACAUAAAACAAGAAAGGUCUUCAUUGGAGAAAUCUGAAUCGAGUCAUAUUAGUGUUCCUAAUGCAUCCUCACAAACUGGAGCAGUGAAAGUACUUACCCAGAAUGCUGCACCAGUUUUAAUGCACAGCCAGAUGUUACCUGGUCAGAUGGUCCCUUCUGGUAAAAAGAUGACCGAGGCAAUAGAGUCUAAAGUGCUUCAGACUACUAAUAUGAGCCCCCACCAUUCUUCAAUAUCAAGCAAGAUUCAACCAGAGACAAAUCAUGUGGCUUCUGGAUCCAGCACACCUACAGACAGGGCUCUCCCACAUCUAAAUAUAAAACAGGAGCCUCAUUCACCUUGUACUGCUAGCCAUUCACCAUCUCCAUUUGCUAGGUCUUGUCACCCUAGUGUUACAGCUUCACCUGCCUUAACUAACAAUGCCUCCGUUAUGCUGGGUCCAGGAUUAACAGUGCCUCCAUACAUCCCGAGCAUGCACCCAGAACAAACUGUCAUUAUGCCGCCUCACAGUGUAACACAGCCUGUGUCUCUAGGGCACUUGUCUCAAGGUGAUGUCCGAAUCAAUACCCCACCUCUUCCAUCAAUACAAUAUGGUAUACGGCCAGAAGCACUCCAUUCUCCUAGAGCAGCUAUGCAGCCUCAGAUGGAUGUCAGACCUCAGAGAUCGAGCACUCCACAGCCAGCGACUAUUAGAGAAGUGGUACUCCCUACAUUGUCUUCCCAGCACGCUGCAGAUGAGGACAUGCAUUACCACCAUACUGUGGGUAGGGGCUCCUCUCAUGUUCAAUCCGAAGUCCUUGUGAUGCAGCAUGAAUACCGCAUGCCUACUCCAGGGAUGCGCCUGGAUCAUUAUAGUGUUCCACAGGAUGUCAUAUUACCCCGUGAUGUCCGCAUGAUGAUGCACUCUCACAUCUCUGCAGUCGGUGAACACCAUCCAGAGUCUAGGCGAUCCCGAACCCCUGAAGGUCCAGUAAAGACUCCUCCUGCCAGUAAAACACCACAACCUGUGAAGGAAUUGGCCAAACAACCUGAUGUCAAACUAACUCAUUCCCAACACAAUGAUGCCAGAAUGCUGAGUGGCCUGAGCUUAUCUCAGCCGGUCGUAGUUUCACACGGUGUGCCUCUUAUUCAUCCUUCUGGGAGCUCAUUUCAUGACUAUCGACCUGUGUACACAGACAUCCGGAACUAUCAUCCUGCUGCUCCCCUCUCCCAUCCUCAGUUCUCUGGGGCACCAGCCAUGGGCUUACAGUCACGGAGUAUGACUCCAUCCCAGGGAGGUCCUGACAAUGAACAUUCACAUUCAAAUACACCUGGUCGAAGCAAAACACCGCAAAUCGGUCAAGACCCUAAGGUACCACAGUCUUCGGUUAGUGAGGCUCAUCAUCCAGCCCUUAGCAGGCAUACUGGUCAGAUGGAGUCUCAUAUUCAGCACCUGCAGAGAGCAUCGGUGGAUACAUCUCAGACCUCCUAUCCAUCUCCUGUUACCAUCAGUCUAAAACAAGAACUUCCCUCCCCUCACCAGUCCCAGAAGCAGGCCACCUUCAUGUCCUCCACAACCAGCGCUCUCCAAAGGUCGGAUGUGCAAUCUCUUCCUAAACAGGAACCUCCACAAAGAUCGGUGGACAUGGUGCAGCUGCUCACGAAAUACCCGAUCGUAUGGCAGGGCCUCCUUGCGCUGAAGAAUGACACUGCUGCGGUACAGCUGCACUUUGUUUCUGGGAAUAACGUAUUAGCACACAGGUCUCUACCAGCCCCAGAGGGAGGACCUCCGCUGAGGAUUGCUCAGCGCAUGCGACUUGAGGCAACUCAGCUGGAAGGGGUAGCUCGCCGUAUGAUGGUGGAGAGCGACUACUGCUUGUUACUUGCUCUUCCUUGUGGACGUGACCAGGAGGAUGUGGUAAACCAGACAGAAUCACUAAAAGCCGCAUUCAUCACUUACUUACAAGCAAAACAGGCUGCUGGCAUCAUCAAUGUGCCCAACCCAGGGUCCAACCAGCCGGCCUAUGUCCUGCAAAUAUUCCCACCUUGUGAAUUUUCAGAAAGUCACUUGUCCCGCCUUGCACCGGACUUACUAGCCAGCAUCUCCAACAUCUCUCCUCAUCUAAUGAUAGUCAUUGCAUCGGCAUGAGACCACUCACCGCCAUCACAAACAACGCACUAAACCGUUAUAAAUAAAUGGCUUAGUGAGUGCUCUGUCCCGCUCUGCUGUUGAGGAUUCUUGUCCCGCUGGACGGAGCUGGCAUUGCUGCUUCCCUGGAUGUUUACAUAUUGCUUACGGACAAGCUGACGCACACAGGUGGCUUGAUGCAACAUUAAGGAAGAUGGUGUCAGAUUCCACGCCCAGAAACGUGGAGUAUUCCAAGAUGGUGGUUACUAUUUGUGCGCUUGUUUUUUUUUUGUUUUUUUUUUCUUUAAGAGGAAAAAGGAGAAAAAAAAAAAAAGCUGAACCUGCCUUUGCACUAAAUUAGUGACAUGGACCUUUGUACAGCAUUCCCUGCCCGUCCCGCCCCUUUUGCGUGUGUCAUAUUUUGAGCGACAUGCUGUGAUAUAGAGAAGCCUGGAUACAAUGGACUGAUGAGCAGAAACCUGUGAAUAUUGGACUUAUGACCAGAGAGAAGCGUAAAAGACGUUUGUCGAUAAGGAGACGGGUAGAGUGGCGGCCGGUCGCCGACGUCGUCUUCUGCAGCUGGUCUUAUCUGCUCUGAGGACUUCUCACUCCUUUUCAUUUGGGAUGUACAGUUUACAUGGGGAAAACAUACAAAAGGGAGAUCUAUUUUCCUUUCCUCAGAUAUUCUAGGACUCUCCAUGGGUGUGUGUAUAUAAGUAUAUAUAAUAUAUAUUAUAUAUAUAUAAAUAUAUAUAAUACUGACUUUAGAGAAAUCAGACCCCACGACAUAACAUUUUUUUUAAUCUGUGCCAAAAAUGUGUUUUCAGAAAGAAUCUUAUUUUCAUACUCAGACGUAUUGUCCCUCAUUUGUAAGUGAUUUUCAUUAAGACAUUUCUCCGCUCAUCGCAAUCUGUGAGGAAGUGUUAUACACUUGGACAAAAGACUUUUUAACCACCCCUUCCCCAAUAUUUCCCUUCUAUUUCUUCAUUUUUUUUUCCAGACACCUUAAUUUAUGGAUUUCUUCCCCUUCCCAUCCUGGAUUUUUUUUGUGUGUCCAUUGGAUUACAAACUUUAUUAAAAAAAAAAAAAAAAAAAAAGCUUUCUACAGCUGUAGUAUGUUGAUGCUGUCCGAUGUACAGUUUAGGUUAUGCUCACAUACAGAGGGUUUGUUGCGGAUGUAUAGUGCAAUGCUGGUGAUAAAUGGCACCUAUCUCCUUCUGAGAAACCUAAUCAAUUAAUAGAUGUAAGAUAACUCUUUUUUUUUUAUCUAAUAUUAUUAGGAAAAGUACAGUAUUUCCUGGCUAAAUGAGUAAUGAAGCUCUGGCCCUUUAAGAAAGGCAGGCUGGGGUGGGGCUGAGUUGACAGCCGUGAUGGAUAACUAUCUUGACAGCAUUGAGAGGCUUCCUGCUUUAGAAGUUGGAAAAGAUCAAUGUGUGUGGAGACUGUAAACUCGGGAAAGCUGUGCUGCUUUCUUCUGGGCAGAUGUUAUAUGAGGAGCAAUUUAAAGGGGUACUUUUUUUUUUAAAUCAACUGGUGCCAGAAAGUUA